AUGAAGAAAAAAACCUCUCUUUCUUCACUCACCAUCAUCCUCUGUCUCUUUCUCCUCUUUGUCUCCUCAGCAAAUUGUAGACUUCUAAUUCCACCUCCAACUUCAUCAAGAAACACCCGCCACACUCAUUAUUGUCAUUCUUUUCCCCACACAAGGCCACGUUCUUUGUGCAUUGACCUUCAAAGGAUGCACCACAAUUUGCCUCCACUUCCAACGCCCCAAGCAAAUGGGGUUGAUCUUGAUCUUGAUCCAAGAUAUGGUGCAGAGAAGAGACGAGUUCCCACUGGACCAAACCCACUUCACAAUUGA